AUGUCUCCUCCGGAAAUCCAGGUCUCCCCGUCAGACGUCGUUGGGGAGACGUCUACGAAACUAGGGGAAAGCGAGGACCCCCAAAAUGGCACAGUUUCUAAGGAACCGGGCAGUGAAGCCAUAUCGAAGGAUGAUGAUGCUGUAGAGAACAAUGGCACCGGAGACAAGAUGGGCUUCUCUCAGAGCGUUGAAGAUGCGGCGGAAGCUUUAGAUAGAGGCGAACCAUCCUUAUCGGCAAAGGUGCAGGACGAACAAUCUUCGGAACAGCCACCCCAACAGCUCACCCUUCAGUCCAAACGUGGAAAUCCUAGCCAAUUACUACAAGUGGAAACACAAAGGGACCAGCCACCUCUGCCUCCCAAGAAAGAUGAGCCGUAUCUCGAUCCGACCCCUAAAACUCCGCAGGCUCCACGAUCACCUACCGAAAAGGACCUACCUGAAAUUCCCUCAGAUGAGCUACUCGACAGUACUAACAAGCCAAAGACCGAAAGUGAGGAGAGGACAAGUGAGGACUCCCAGUCAGAGAUACAGACGAUCAUGGGCCAGUUUGCAGAUGAGACUAGCAGCCUCCGCCAGGAAGACAUCAUGUCUCCAAGACUUGAACUGGCCGAUCAAUUUCGGACCGGCCAGGGACAUUUCCCUCCGCGAAAGUCAAGCUUGGAGCAACCUGCAAGACAGGAUGAUGAGUCCUCGGAUAUCCAAACAAUUUCUGCUCUUACCGGUGCAGGCAGCAAUCGUCAGUCUAUGUCUCCACCUGCUGUACCACCAAAGUCUCCAUCCAUGACCAGCUCAGGGAAACAGGCGGCCAUCGAAAAGCCUGAUAGUCACCACACACCUUCGACUCCAACUUCAGCAGUUCCUCCACCCCCAGAACCGGAAGCAGAGCAACCGUUUGACUUCCAUCGCUUUCUAGAACAGCUGCGACACCGAACAGCUGACCCGGUUGCAAAGUUCUUACGAUCAUUCUUGAAUGAAUUUGGUAAACGCCAGUGGAUGGUUCAUGAGCAAGUUAAGAUAAUAAGCGACUUCUUAGCCUUUAUAACCAACAAGAUGGCCCAGUGUGAGGUAUGGAAGGGGGUAUCUGAUGUUGAGUUUGAUAACGCCAAAGAGGGUAUGGAAAAAUUGGUCAUGAACAGACUUUAUACCCAAACCUUUUCACCGACUAUUCCUCCGCCUGCCCCUUCGCGGAGUAGAAGCAGAGGAAGAAGGAAGGAGAUGGAAAGGAUGCAUAAUCCUGGCAGACGUGGGCAACAUCAGGAAGACGUUGAGCGGGAUGAGAUUUUGGCUCAGAAGGUUCGGAUAUACAGCUGGGUUCGGGAGGAGCAUCUUGACAUUCCACCCGUUGGCCCUAACGGACGUCGGUUCCUACUCUUGGCCCAACAAGGUACUGGAUAUACAAUAAAGGGAUACCGGGCGCCACGAGAUAAAGUUAUAUGCAUUCUGAACUGCUGCAAAGUCAUAUUUGGAUUGUUACGCCAUGCAAAGAACAGCGAUACUUCGGCAGAUUCGUUCAUACCUCUUUUGAUAUAUGUUGUUCUAAGGGCGAACCCAGAGCAUCUAGUCUCCAAUGUGCAGUAUAUUCUUCGAUUUCGUAACCAGGAUAAGUUAAGCGGAGAGGCCGGAUACUACUUGUCUUCUCUGUCUGGUGCUAUACAGUUUAUAGAAUCCCUAGAUAGGACAUCAUUGACUGUUAGCGACGAGGAAUUUGAACGAAACGUAGAGGAAGCCGUAUCCGCCAUAGCGGAGCGGAAUCCAGAGCCUGAUGAACCACCGUCCGUGCCGGAAAAACCAUCUGCUAGCAAUCCAAGAGAAGCCACAUCAAGACCCUCACUCGAAACAAGCUCCAAUUCGCGGCAUAAAGACGUCUCACCUCCUUACUCGCCGGUGUCAGAAGAUAACACUCCUGUCGCGGGAUUACUGCGAACCAUCCAAAAACCCCUGACUACCAUCGGCCGAAUAUUCUCUGACGAUACAGGCUAUCCUCGAGAACGAUCACCCUAUAAUACGCAGCAGAACUCUGCGGCAUCUGAGAAUGCACCGUACCCGUCCCAGCGCCAGGAUACCGACUCCUGGAGAAACCAGGAGCAGUCGAGAGGCCGUGACGGGAUGUCGCCACACCCUGCUGCCCGUUUUGAAGCCCAGGAGGCAGCUGCCCGUCAAGCAAGCGCCGAGUCAGCGGAAGCUCGCCGCAUCCAACGAGCUGAGCACAACGAUGUUGUCGAGGUCGGUCUUGCGGUUGACGCCUGUCUUGCGCUCAGCGCCGAAUCUUGA